AUGCCAAACUCCUACAACUGUCGUAAAGAUUUUACGACCCCAAAACGUCGGCCAAGAAUCCGAUUUAAUGGAUGUCACCGUGGAGAUUCGCCGAAUGAAACUGAAACCCUACAAGACAUCAUCUGGGAUCCAAAUUCACCGACUCAAAACUUUAAUGGAAAAGGAGCCAAUGGCAAAGUCAUCGAGAUAUCAGAGAUUGUCGACAGGAUUGCACCAAAGGUAGUAAGUCACAUUAUGGCAGAUAUAGGAACUUGGGACUCUGUGCUCCAGUGGAUUGGAGACAAUGCCAUACCAUGUACUCCAGAGGUUACAACCAGAGUCAGAAGGAUCUCAGCACGGCAGAGCAAUGUUGAGGACCUCAUGAAACUUGCCAAGCAAUUUGACAUCAAUAUGAUCCGUCAGGACAAAGAGAGACAACAAAACGCUACAGAGGAACUAAAUGAACUCAACAAGACAAUAAGAGAUGUAACAGCUAGAAAUAACCUGCCAUCUGUGGCAGUCAUGACGGGUGUAACCGCUUGCUUAUCCCAAUGCCGACAGGAAGAGGAAGAGCUUCACGCUCUGUUUGAUGGUCCUACUCAGCACUUAAGUGGUAGACUGAGCCCACCAUCGGUCAACUGCACACCAGAAAUCAGACCCGACCCUUCCGAACCAGGGUCAUGUUCAGCUGCUGUCAGGAACGCAUAUGUAGAUGCACCAAAAGCAACAGUGAUGGACUGUGAUGAUGACUGGGAAAAUGAUGACCUUCUCAAUGACUCUUUUGUGUUGGAGAUAACACAGAAUCCAGUGCCUUCGAAUGUUGUCCAGAAACCCGAGUGUAGCUCUAGGAAUAUUGUGGCCAAGACUAAUCCCACUGUAUUACACGGUAGAGGCGUCUGCCAACAGAUUAAAAAGAGCAACAACAAAAGUAGCACCUUUACUAGGACACUCCUGGAAAGCCAAAUGUCCGUCCAGAGCACUACUAGAGUAAAGCCACCUACUUCUUCCAGAAUCAAACUACCAAGAAGCUUCAUCCACGGUUACAAGCAAACAGAGCUUAAGAGAGCUAGCAAAGAUUGCAGAAGCUCUGUCCAACCCUCAACUUCUAAAUUUCAAGGACUUUCAAAGGAAGACUUAAAAUCUCUUUUCGACUCCGACAGCCUUUGGAAUGACGGGGAUGAUGAUCUUCUGUGUCAAGCUUGCGAUGAUGUGGAGAGGAUCUCUGCCAGUCAGGAUCUGCAAAGACGAAGCAUGGGCUUGACCGAGCCAACACACCAUGCAUCAAAAGCCACAACGUCCACCCGUGCUUUUGUCCGUUCCAACUCGGUUCCUUGUUACAGUGGCAGCUCUGGAUGUUCCAUGCCUGGUUCUGUCAGAGCCACCUCACAGACGAUUCUGCCACAGGGCACAAACAUGGGAAAUGCCCCUAACUCCCGCAAUAUUACAUUCAAAAGACAUCUUUCGGAUUCCGUGACACUAACCAACAAAGUAUUUGUUUCAUCCAAUGGGACAGUAAAAUGUUCAGCUGCUGAGAUCGAGAGGAAGAAGCAGGAAGCAAUAGCGAGGAGAAGAUCACGCAUGCCCGCUGACCAAAAACAAGGAGCUCCUACAUAGGAGAGCAAAGAGAAGCAUGUGCUGUUAAACUGAAUGACGUAAAUGUUCUGCACUGUAAGGGACUAAUUAUGUUUUCACAGCGUUUCGUUGUGACACUGUUUUAUUGAGCUGCUACACUAUAACAAUUACAGCGAAAGCUGAAUCAUAUUGCCUGGAGAUCUGAUUCCAGUUUUCAGAAUCCGUUACUAAUUUCUAGUUAAACGCUAAUAAGUCUCUUAGAAGGAAAUGUAAUUGGACAAUUUCUCACGGUUUUCAGAAUAAUGUUAUCUGUUUGACAACCUGGCUGGAGAUUAAGAAAAAAGUAUUGCCAUCUAGUAUUAUUAGUCAAAAUAAUGGCUGCGCUCUCUACGAUUUCACACCUUAAGCCAAACUUUCAUAAAGUAUUUCAAACAUCAAUAUUAUGAUGUAACAUAGAAUAGUACAUUUUACGUGUCAAAAAAUACUUGAAUUUUUUUAUUUGUCUUUGUUCUGUUUUUUCUGUAAAUACCUAAUUAUGGCCUUAAUUAAAUAAGCAGAAAAGUCCAUGUGCCGUGUUUUGUCCUUUUCAAAAUCUUUA